UAUUACUAUUUAUUGUGUAAAAAUAAUUUGUUUAAGUUUUAGUAAUUGACAACACAUUUAUAUAGCAUACAUACAGUAACCAUGAAUGAGGAAACCUUAAUUAAUAAGCCAUCGAAAUAUUCACGCGUCAACUUGUUUAGCAAACUUCAUUGCACAUGGCUAUACCCGAUGUUCAUACGUGGCCUCAAACGUGAUGUCCAAAUGCAUGAUCUGUACAGAUGUCCUCAGGAGGACGUGUGCGAAAAGUUGGUCAUCAAAAUGGAAAAAAAUUGGCGAAAAGAGUUGUCAAAAAAGUCGCCCAGUUUUGCCAGAGCUAGCAUUAAGACAUUUAUUGCAUACUUUAUAAUACCGGUUAUAUUGACAUUAAUUGGCGAGUGUGCAGUGAUUAACUUAAACAUAAUAUUUUUGGGCCAAAUACUACAGUUUUUUGCCAAUCCCGACAAAUAUGAUUACUUUAGUACCUGUAUGUAUGCAGCGGCUAUGGUCGGUGCCGAACUAGUAUGUAUAUCGUGUAUACAUCCGGCAUUGUUUAUGGGCGCACGGGUGGCCAUCAAAAUACGUGUUUGUUGGUUGACGCUAAUGUACAAAAAGGCGUUACGUUUGAAGCACUCGGCGUUUUCCAAGACAACAAUCGGACAGAUAUUGAAUCUCAUGUCCAACGAUGUCAGCCGUUUGGAUGAUCACUGUCAACUAGUUUCAUACCUUGUUUCCGGUCCAAUCAAUACAGCAAUAAGUGUAUACAUAUGCUGGCAAUAUAUCGGUUGGGUAUCAUUGAUAGGACUGGCUAUACUCAUGAGUUUUAUACCAUUCAAUAGUCUAAUGGGCCGAUUGUUUCUCAAGAUUAGGAGAAAAGUGGCCUCACUUUCCGAUACGCGCAUCCGAUUUAUGAAUGAAAUAAUUAAAGGCAUGAAAGUAAUCAAAAUGUAUGCCUGGGAACGACACUUUGAUAAACUGAUAUCCGAUGCCCGCAAGAAAGAGAUGAAACAAAUCCAAAAGUCAAUACUAUUGAAGGCACUGAACGGCUCCAUAUCGACGAUCAGUCCCCGGGUUAUCAUAUUUGUUGUAUUGAUUACACACCUUGUAUUGGGCGGUAAGUUGACCGCCGAAACCGUAUUCGUAACGAUGUCUAUAUUCAAUGAACUGAGAUUUACGAUGACGUUUGCAUUUCCCCAAUCGAUUGCAUUGACCGCCGAACUAUAUGUUUCGUGUAAACGCAUUCAGAAAUAUUUACUAUUGGAAGAAAUCGAUCAAAAAUCCAUUGAAAAUAAUGAUAACAGUGUCCAAAAUGGCAACAACGAUGCAGGUGGUGGUGGCGGUGAAAAGGUUCCGCUUUUAACAAAUGAUAAACAGCACCGGGAUGUCAACAAUGAGGACAAUGACAAUACAAUUGUCGUCGAAAAUAUGAGCGCCACUUGGGAUACAGAGCUUAAAAGCCCGACUAUUACAGAUAUAACUGUUUCGUUAGCACCGGGAGAGUUAUUAGCUGUUAUCGGACCGGUUGGUAGUGGAAAGAGUUCAUUUUUAAUGUCACUAUUAAAUGAGAUUCAAGUAACCAGUGGUAGGGUAUCCGUAAAGGGAUCGGUAGCCUAUGCCUCACAGGAAAGUUGGUCUUUUAACUCAACAGUUCAACAAAACAUAACGUUUGGAAAGCCGUAUGAAAUAAAGCGAUUCAAAGAAGUCAUAUCAGUCUGUGCUAUGAAUCGCGACUUAAAGAUGUUUCCGUUCGGCGAGCGAUCUCUGGUCGGAGAAAGAGGUGUUACACUCAGUGGCGGACAAAAAGCUCGGAUAACAUUAGCCCGUGCUCUAUAUAAUAACGCCGAUAUCUAUCUAUUGGACGAUCCGUUAAGUGCUGUCGACACUGAAGUUGCGAAUCAUAUAUUUGAAAAAUGUAUCACUGGAUAUUUGAAAUCAAAAUCAGUGAUUCUCGUCACACAUCAGAUACAGUUCAUCAAAAAAGCUACAAAAAUACUGGUCGUAAGCGAGGGUCAGCCACUGGCUAUCGGUUCCUACGAACAGCUUAUGGAGUCCGGUAUCGACUUUAUGUCGCUAAUCAAAGAGGAUAACAAACACGAAAACAGUAGCAGUGGUGACAAUAUUAGUAAAGAUCAAAAUCAGUUGACAGACGAACAGCAGAACACUGUCAUCGCUGAUCAGUUCAGAAAUCGGUCCAUAAGUGUGUUGUCGUCACAAUCGACUCAAGAGACUGAUUUGUGCGAAACUGAUGAAAAGAUUGCAGAAGAAAACAAAGCUCAGGGAACUGUCAGAGCUGGCGUUUACUGGGAGUACAUCCGAUCGGGUGCCGGUCCCGUACUACUGAUUGUUGGCCUUUUAUCGGCAAUAGUGUCUCAAGUGUUGCAAAAUUACAGCGACUAUUGGCUGUCCGAGUGGUCAAACAAAGAGGACUCUAGUAUUGCUUCAAAAAGUGACGACAACAAAGUGGAUGAAACAGAAAACAUUAAAAUCUAUUCAAUACUUUUGGUAACAAUUUUUGUAUCACUAAUACUACGGUCGACCACUUGGUUUGUAAUGUGUAUCAAAGCGUCAAUCAAUUUACACAACAGAAUAUUCUAUCGACUAAUGAGAACCAGAAUCUCGUUUUUCGACAACAAUCCCGUCGGCCGUAUUCUGAAUCGUUUUACCAAAGAUGUCGGAACAGUUGAUGAACAGUUGCCUAACGUUUCAUACGAUCUGAAUAUUGUAUUUUGA